AUGCCACUUUUGUGGGGCCAGUGGCCCCACAGCUUCGUUAGCAGCUGCUGCCCGAGAGGCGGGGCCGCUGCAGCAGCCCCCGAGUGCCGCAGCAGCAGCAGCUGCGGAGAGCCGGGCCAUGCUGCUGCUGCUGCCAGGCUCGGUGCUGCCGCUGCCACUGCUACUGCUGCUGCUGCUGCUGCUGUUGCGCAGGCAGGAAGCAAGCGGCUGCCGCUGGACACGCGGUUUUUGGAAGUGCUGCCGCGGGUGGGCCUGGAGCAGCUGCCGCUGCUGCUGCUGCAGCAGCAGGGAAUGUCCCGAACAAUAGAAGGGGUAAAGGGGGCCCUCAGCGAGAGCCCGGGGGCCUCCCCCUCGUGGUUGCGGGGCCCCAACGGGCGAGCAGCAACUUUGCUGCAGCCCAGCAACGCACUGCUGCAGCAGCUUUUCCAGCAGCAAACUUAUUUCCGAGUGGAGUUCAAGGACGCAGAGAAAGGCUCUUUGAAACACUUUCCAAAUAAUUUGUUUUCUGCUCCCCGCAAGGACAGCAGCUACUUCUGCGAGGCCAAAAUCCCUUUCAGAGUUUCCGCGCUGGGCAAGCAGCAGCUGCAGCAGGCGCUGCUCUCGGGGGGCCCCGGGGGGGCCCCCCCCGAGGCCCUCAUGCUCGCAGCCAGGGCCUCCAAAGACUCUCUCACUGAACAAGACCCCACACUUGUUUUGGUCCAGUGGUUCCGGGGGCCCAACGGGGAGGCCCUAAUGAGGGAGACCACUGUCCACGUCGAGCCUGAGGAGGCUCCGGUUGCGCCUGAAGGGACUCCUGGGCGAUACGGUAGAAGGUACAUUGGCAAUUUUUUUGCGGACAACUCGCGGCUCUUUUCCCGCUUCAUCGGCGUCGUGGCGCGGACGCGGCUAAACCGGUGUUUUCUUUGGAAGUUUUGGGCCUCUACGAACAUUGACUUGGAAGAGGCCUUCAGCCUGCUUCAGCUCCGGCCGGGCGGCCCGCAGCUGUUCCCCACAGUUGACUUGUUCUUCUCGCGGCCCAUAAACUACGAUGUGCUGCGGCCCAUAGACAGCGAGGCCAUUUUGGUGUCGCCUGCGGACUCGGCGCUGCAAAAUGCCUUUUACAUCAAACCUGACGAAGACGGAAACAUCAUCGGCGCCCGCAUCCCGCAGGCAAGCCGCUUUAGAAUAUGUUGA